GCGAAGGUUUCUCCAUUCCCAGCGCACGGCUCCUGGGCUUCUGUUUGUUAAAGGCACGGUCUGUUUAAGUCCAGCCCCAGUUAUAAAUUUACAGGAACUCAACUUUGUGCCAUGUAAACAGCAGAAGCUGUGGCGUGGUUAAGAAAUUACUUGCUGGACGGCUCUAUCAAACACGGGAGAGGUGUCGGCUGGGUUUUAUGAGGAGGUUCGGUGAGCGCCAGGUGAGGAAACGAGGGCUGAAGAAAGUCUUGUGGCUGCCGAAAGCCAAGAUGCCUCCUUCGGCAGCAGCAGAGGGCGGCUACGUGCUCUGAGCUUUCUGACAUGGAUCUGUCCGAGGAUUACAAAUCGCCCUUCGAUUUCAACUCGGGAGUGGACAGAAACUACCUUUACCUCUCACCCGGCAUAAACCUUUCUCCGCCUGGGUCGCCGACACUGACGAAGUCUGGGCUGCUGAGAACUGACUCUAUACCUGAGGUUGGAGAGGAUGCUGCUGCUACAGUUGGCAUGGCAGAAACACUCUCAGAAGAAGAACAGGAUGAGCUAAGAAGAGAGCUUGCUAAGGUGGAAGAAGAAAUCCAGACACUCUCACAAGUGCUAGCUGCCAAAGAGAAGCACCUAGCAGAAAUCAAGAGAAAGCUGGGAAUUAACUCCUUACAGGAACUAAAGCAGAACAUUACCAAAAGUUGGCAAGAUGUUACAUCAACCGCAGCAUACAAGAGAACAUCAGAAACCCUGUCUCAGGCUGGUCAGAAGGCCUCUGCUGCUUUUUCAACUGUUGGUUCAGUCAUAACCAAGAAGUUUGAAGAUGUCAAAAAUUCUCCUACUUUCAAAUCUUUUGAGGAAAAAGUCGAGAACUUAAAGUCUAAAGUUGGAGGAAACAAACCUGCCGGGGGAGACUUUGGAGAAGUUUUGAACUCUGCUGCUAAUGCCAGUGCCACAGAAACAAUUGCAGAACAGACAGAGGAGGAGACCCACUGAGAUUCCUGCCUCUGUCCUGCUACCCACUGCCAGAUGCUGCAAGCAAGAACUAAGCACACUUCUAACAUUCUUUGCGCUCUUUCCACCUGAUGUGCGUUUAUUUAGCACGUAGCUAUUUUACCAGAUUAACUGAUAGCAAGCUUGUUCGUGGGUUCAAAUUAUUUUUGAAACUAAAAUACAUUGUUUGGGGUUUUGUGUGGGAAGGGGAAUUUUUAUGCCUUUCAAACAUUUAAAGGACUUAUCUCUAAUUUGAAGGCAACCUUUAAAGUAUAGCAAUGAAAACUCUUCUGAGAAGUUAAUUAUACUGUACAUAUACUGUGGAUACAUAAUUCCUUUUGAAUCUGUAACUACUGUUCAACUUGAUCAUUUUGAAUCUACUUCUGCUACCAAACUUUACUCCCUUGUGAUUAUUUCACGUAAUUGUUGCCUGCAUGGGAACCAGACUAGGACGAUCAUUCCCAGCUAAAGAAAGGACUUGUACUUCAACAGGCUUUAAGCAAGUUACUUGUAGCACAGUUACAGAUGUGUAGCAAUGUACUGUAUUAAGAGCUUUUUUGUACAAAAGAUAGUGGUAGUAUAACACAUGACAUCUAAAACUUAUUGAUUUGUCUUUGGCUUAUCUAACUAGAAGGACUCUGGAAGCAAGAUGCCUAUUAAUGCUGGUUUAGUUCAGUUACAGUAACGUGAUCACAAUCACAUUUUGUUCUGAACUUUUGAUCAGUUGUGAAUUCGUCUUAAUUCACAGGUGGAGGUGUCACACACUAACAAAGUAUGGACGGUAAGAAUGAAAGUGGUUCUUCUGUUAGGCAGUGAGAGAGCUGCUGUCAAAUGCUAAUGUUCAUUCCCAUGUAGACUGACUGGAAAAGAUCUACUACAUACUACAUAGUUGUGUUUUUCUGUACGUCUUAAGGGCCUGAACCCCUUAAGAUGUAUCACUACUCCCAUUUCCUCUGCUGCGCAGAGUGUUACCUUGCAGCAUAGCACUCUGGCAAGGUCUGUUCCUCUACCUGUUGCUUUAUCUGAUUGUUGUCUUCAAAUUGCUUGUCUUUUCUAUGUUUCUGGCACCUGGUGUGGGUAAGAUUAGAGCUUUUGGCAUGUGUUUUAUCACCAUGGCUAGGACUGGAAACACGUUUGAAACAGGUCUGUGAAGUCUGAAACUUCCCCCUGCCACGGUGGGGUCUGGAAGAAAAAAAGUUCCUGGUUUACUUUAUUAGCAUGCCAGCUGUCAUGUAUAUAUGCUCAAUUCCUUGUGAGAAGCUUAAUAAAAAAAUAAUUAAAAAGUG